AUGGCGGCGGCCAGUAACACACGGUGCAUCCAGGAAGUGGAGCAGCAGCAGGAAGACAGGCUUAGUAAGCUGCCGGAUGACAUUCUCCUAAGCAGCCAGAGCCUGUUGGCACGCAGGGACCAGCGGCAGGCCGUCCGCGCCCUCUACCUGCGAUUCUACCUGGGAGACGAGUCCGUGGGCAUCGUCCGCGCCGUCGACGACGCCAUGGCGCGCGGCUGCAGCAUCGCCAAGGCGACAUUCGUGAUCCUGGGCGAGAAGAUGGACAUCCAGUGCACUGACGAGGACCUCGCCGGCCACGCUGCGCGCUUCCUGUCUUGCCUGGACGCAUGCCCCCGCGCGUUCGCCGGCCUCACGGCGCUGCACGUGGAGAGCGUUAAGCUGGGACAGUCGGACAUCAACAACCUGCUCGGCACCUGGGGCAGGCUGAAAAGCCUCUCUCUGCUCAACUGCGAUUCAGGCCGCGACACGGCCCUGGUCGUCCAACACCCGCGGAUCGCGGUGCUGAAGCUCGUGACCUGUGGCACCAUCCAACUGAGGUGGCUCCCGGAGCUGGUGAAGCUGACCUGUGAGUGCUGGCUUCCUUCACGAGAUCCACUCUUGUUUGGCCACGUCCCGCGGCUUCGGACUCUAGCACUCGCUACUAACUGCACCAGUGACUACAAGAUACUAAGGUUGAGCGAAUUACUUGACAAGAAUGCUACCCUCUGGAUUCAGCCGGAGGCACCGAAGCAACUGGCUCCUCGACUAAGCAACUUGAGGAUUCUGAAUCUCCAGAAGAUUCCUGAAGAAUGCGGCAUCAAGUGGACAUUCUUCCUGCUAGAUGCCGCACCUCUAUUGGAGGAGCUCGACAUUGAGGUAUCGAACCACCAGUGCAACCCAUUGGAGGAUGAGAUGCUAAGGGAACGUCUAGUUUGCAAGAAAACAUUUAUCGAGUGGGAACCAUCUGAUUUCAAGCGAUAUAACUUGGCCGUGCUCACAAUCUAUGGUUUUCGGCCCGAGAAAAUGUUCAUGGGGUAUAUUACAAGGAUCAUGGAAGUGGCUAUCUCUUCAUGA